GCGGCACGGAUGGAAAUCGACGAUCGGCACUAGCCGGCGCCGGAAAAGCGUUUGAGCGUUUUGCGAUCGCCGCGGCCGAAGGCGGAAGCAGUGAAAAUGUUCUCCACCCGAGCGAAGGUCGUCCUCUACCUCUUGCAGCUGCUCGCAUUGAAAGUGUCCUACAGUGUCCUGGGACUGGAGAGCGUGCACGUGAAGGUACCGAUUGCGGUCCUGGUCGGCUCGAGCGUUACGCUCAUCUGCGAGUGCGACCUGCCGGACGAGGAUCUCUACUCGGUCAAGUGGUACAAGGGCAAGCACGAGUUCUUCCGCUACACCUCCAAGGAGAUUCCUUCGAUCAAGAUCUUCCCGAAGGCGGGCAUCAACGUGGGCGUGAACCUCUCAAAUGCCAGCCACCUGGUGCUGGCCGGUGUCGAGCCGCAGAGUACCGGCAAGUAUAGCUGCGAGGUCACCGAAGCGGCUCCAUCAUUCCACACAAAGAUUGCGACACGCACAAUGAACGUCGUCGAUCCGCCGGCGACCGAUCCGAAGAUCGUCGACAUGAAACCGUACUACGGCGCGGACGAGUUCCUGGAGGUGACGUGCACGAUCGCUCCGUCGCUGCCGGCGGCCAAACUCGAGUGGCUCAUCAACGACCAGCCGCUUCCCCAGCCGCUCGCCGUCCCUUCCCGGCUGGAGUUCCAAACACUUCCAGCCUCCAUCGACGGGGCGUCGGGCAGGGGUAAACCUAGCAGUAAGAAAACACAAUUAGAUAAGUCUUCCCAGCACCAGGAGCAACAACAGCGGCCACCGGGGGAACAGUCGGCGGAGCCCGUCUCGUCCGAACCGAGUACGAAUCGGUCGGAUGAGCUUAUGACCUUCAGCCAGAGUACUAGCAGCAGCAGUAGUAGUAGUAGUAGUAGCGUCGGUAGCUCCACCCGCAGGCCCACGGGCAGCACAUCCGGACCGGGAAGUGAGCACCGGAAGCCCGGCGGCAACAAUCGGUACGAGGCAUCCGUGUCCCGCCUGAAGCUGUUGCUCGAGCACAGCCACUUUCCCAACGGGAAGCUGAAGGUGGAAUGCAUCGCGCAUAUCUUCGACCUGUACAGCCGGUCGGUGGUGGCAUUCGCGGACGAAAACUACCCCCAGGUGCGGGUGCUCUCGAACAGCGACAAUGGCGUACACUUUUCCUUCAUGAGCGACAAAGACGAUGGCACGAACAAACGGCUGAUCAAACACUACUACCACCAGCAUUGGCGAAGGCAACAGCAGCAGUAA